AGUUUGAAAACAAAUACUCAUAUUAGCUUUAAGUACAAUAAAUGAUAAGAAUAUUUACCAUAUAAUAAUCACCAAAUACUAAUAGUAAAAUAAGUUAAAUAAAAUGGGUCGCCAGCCUAGACUGGUGUUGCUACUACUACUCACGAUAGGGGUUUUUCAUGUUACCCUUGGUAGCACACCACGCCCAAUUCCACAAACGCAUGACGAUUAUGGAAGUGACCAAUUGGACUCAGAUGAAGAGGGAUCAGCUGAUAUAAUAAAUUCAAAGCAUGAUAGCAAAGAUAUUAAGUUAUCUUCAGAAAUUCUGAAGGACGUACCAAAAAUUAAAGCUAAAACUUCUACUACUUCAGGUCCCGCAUCAACAAGUUCGACAACAAAGCCUGUAAGUGAUGAAAUAAUGAAAGAUUUACUUGAGGCUUCGAAGCAUAGCUCUGUUCUAGCGGAUGAUUUGAGACUUAACAAAAUGUUGCCUGAUAAAUUUUUAAAACAAAAUGCAACAACACCAAAGGUAGACAGCGAACAACUUGAUGAUUAUGACGCAAACUAUGAAUAUGGUGAUGAGGAUUAUAAUUAUGUUGUCGAUUUUGAUAGUACAGAAUCUAAUCCCAAAAAAAUAACACCAACUAAUAAGGACACAGAAGCAUCGAUUGAAAUGAAACCAAUUAAGGAAGUCAAUGAAUCUACUUCCAAAUCUAACAACACUAAUACCCAUGAUGAUAUCGACAAUAACAUCGAGCAUGAAGACGAAAAAGAUAAUAAAAAUAACGACAAUACUGACGAAGACGAUUACAGUGAUGAAGUUGGUGAUGACGGUGAAGAAGACAUUGCUGAUGAGGAAGAUGUUAUUUUCUCUGAAAAUGUGCCUUGUCCCAGAUAUUGCGUUUGUGCUCGUAAUAUUAACAGUUACUUAGUUGCUACCUGUAGCAGAUUCGAUCCUGGUACCCAGAAAUUUGGUUCAGACAUCACUGAUUUGGUCGUAACAGAUAUUGGUCCAAAAUAUCCAAUACUUUUGGGCCCAGAGUUUUUCCUGCAAAUGGGUUUGAAACGCGUUUCUACUAUUAAAAUAGCAAAUUGUACCAUCGAAUAUUUACAUCCAACGGCUUUCCAUGGUUUGGAGGAACUCUAUUCAGUUAACCUAACUAAUGUCGGUUUAAGUCUUAUCAAUCCUGAUACAUUUGCUAAAAAUAAAAAACUACGCAUGUUGACAAUUUCUGGUAAUGAUCUUGGUGUUAUGUCCAGUGUACACUAUUUAAUAAAAUCAUCGAGCAUUGAGGAGUUAGAUUUGUCAGGAAACAAUUUGAUGGAACUUAACCCACACGCUUUUUCACAACUUUCUAAUAUUGUUUAUAUAAAUUUGUCGCAAAAUAAUCUACAAACAAUACCAGAGAAAGUAUUUGAUAAUGUCGAAACAAUAGAAGAAUUGGAUCUUUCAUACAAUUCUUUGAAAACCCUACCUCCACUAUUGUUUAAUCGUACUGCUUUGGCUAUUCUGAAUCUAAAAUAUAACUCCAUCACUAAUGACUUGAAAUUUGGUACUAGUGAUCUUCAACAAUUAGAUCUUAGUUUUAAUUUAAUACACGCUAUUCAUCAUGGUAUGUUCGAUAAAAUGACUGGUCUUACAAACCUGAAUCUGAAAGGUAAUGGUGUUACAAAGAUACAACCUGAUUCAUUCCUCACUUUGAAAAAUUUGCGUCACAUUGAUUUGUCUAUUAAUGAAUUGGAGCAAGUGUCUAGCAUGUUGUUCUACAAAAACUCUGAACUAGAUGUGAUACGCAUGAAUGAUAAUCCUCGUUUAAGUCAGUUACCCACUGAUGGCUUCCAAAGCUAUAACGGUUACUUCACUGUUUACUUUUUGGAUAUAUCUAACUGCGCAAUUGGUUCACUCGGUCAUAAAACGUUCUCAACAAUGCCACAUUUAGCAACUUUAAAACUUGCCUGGAAUAAUAUAAACAAUUUGGAGCGCGAUACUUUCUCCAGUCUUAACAAAUUAAUUGAGUUGGAUUUGAGCAAUAACUUAAUUGCUAAAUUAGAUGAACUUCUAUUUAUGGACAAUAAUGAUUUAACAAAAUUGAAUUUAGCCGGUAACCCGAUGCGGAAACUGUCGGUUCGACUAUUUUUACCAAUGACAAAACUACGCGAAUUGGACGUUAGCGACUGUGAGUUAAGUUCACUGUUGAUUGACAAUCGUUACGGUGUGGGUCGUAAAUACAAAUUCUACGAAACUCUACGCAGCUUCAACGCAUCUGCAAAUCAAAUUAGAAAGAUUUCGUCUUUCGAUAUUCGACAUUUUAAGAAUCUACGUACUUUGGAUAUUACAAAUAACCCACUUAAAUGUAAUGAAGGAUUCCAAGAAUUCAUGAACUAUGUAACGCUUAAUACUUAUAUUACACCAAACAAAAUGCCAACAUUCGCAAACAUUGAGAGUGAUGCCACAAACUUAGACGAUUUCCGUCCCAAUAUCGCAGGCUGGGUACAACUUGCUCAAGAGGUUUGCAAACAUCACGAAAGCAUGGCAAAAUCCACAAAUAACAACAAAGUGGAAACACGUAUACAGGAGGUUGAAAAGAGUAUAAAUGAAGACGAAAAAAAUCUUUUGGGUAUUGUAAAGGGAAGCCACUUGAAUAAAUUGCAGAAAAUACUAAAGGAUUCUUCAAAGGAUGAUGAAAGCUGGGAUGAUUAUGUUGAAGAAGAUGACAAUGAUGAUGAGUAUGGUGACGAUGAUAAAAAUGAUAAAGAUAAUGCAGAAGAUAAUGAAGAUGAAGAGGAUAAUACAGAUAAUGAUGAAGAGGAAGAUGAAGAAGAUGAGGAAGAUGAGGAUGACUAUGAUGCUGAUGACAAUAAGCAAGAUGAAUUAGAUUUAUCUAAAAUUAAAGACCAUGGUGUUAAAGUUGAGGAAAUUAAUUUAAGUAAGGAAACUAAAGAUCCUUUCUUACUUAAUAAAUUCUCCAUAAAUGGCGAAGAACAAAGUAACGAUAAUGUUGACGAAGAAAUUAUCAUUGAACGUGGACGCAUAUAUUAUGGCGGAUACAGGUUCCUUGUUCCAGUUAUUGUUACAGUAUUGUGUAUUGCUGUCGUGCUCUUAAUUGUAGUGAAAUUGAUUGUAAUGAUGUUACAUAAACGUGGUGAACGCUAUCGUAUGGCAUUAUUAGCAUCGUCGAACAAUUCUAUAGUAUAUCAAAAGCUAUCCGAAGAGAUUAAGCCAAAAAUGAAAGAAUCGAAGCAACCUAAAGUGCAUCGAUAUGCACCCAUCAAUCAAGUUUAAUUGAACUGGUAAAGUUCAUGGCGGGGCAGCUUAAAACGCACUGGGAAAUGGCGGAUUAAUUAAAUGUUAUAAAGAUUACUUAAAUAAGAUUGUUUUUCUUACUAAUCAUUAGAAAAACUUGUAAUAAGAAAAAAUUUGAAUGAUAAUUUAAUUUGUAAUAAUAUACAAACUAUACAUAUAUACAUAAAAAUGUUAAA